UUGUAACCAGCUUUCUGGUACAACAACAAAAAAAAAAAACACACACACACACACACACAAAAACAAAUGCCUUGUAUUUAAGCCUGAAGCUAUUGAUAAGUUGCUUCAAGCUGGCUUUUAUAAGAGAAUUAAGAAAGCUAAGGAUGGGUUUUAGUGAGGCAAGGUUUGAAGAGACGGAGGGUGGAGAAAUGAAGGAGAAACCCUACAGCAAUAAGAUGAGUUUGAAGUAUAUAAGCAUGGCUAAGGCUGAAAAGCUGAAGAGCUUAAUCCUUGCUCGGAUCCGAGUGGCUCGACUUAACUUGUGGGUGACCAGAGCUCUAAGCAUGCUCCUGCUUUUGGGUAUCACCAUGCAGUUGAAAUCACUGGGAGAAACAGUUUCUUCAUCGAGGACCCCUACUUCCACCUUUUCUUACCCUCUUCCCCCUGAAAGGGUGUAUGAGAACAAUGGUUAUCUGAUGGUAUCUUCAAAUGGAGGAUUGAAUCAGAUGCGAUCUGGUAUCUGUGAUAUGGUAACAGUUGCCAGAUUCUUGAAUGUGACCCUCAUAGUUCCUGAAUUAGAUAAUACAUCGUUUUGGAAUGACGACAGUCAGUUUGCAGAUAUAUUUGAUGUAGAAUACUUCAUUGCAUCACUGAGAGACGAAGUUCGGAUAUUGAAAGAGCUGCCACCUCAGCAAAAGGGGAAGGUGGCUGAAUCUCUCUUCUCGAUGCCACCUAUCAGCUGGUCUAACAUGACUUAUUACUAUAAUGUGAUUCUUCCACGAAUUCAAACGACUGAAGUGGUGCAUUUCCAGAAAACGGAUGCAAGGCUUGCUAACAAUGGACUUCCAGUGGAAGUCCAAAAGCUGCGUUGCCGAGUAAACUAUGAAGCACUGAGGUUUGCACCUCCCAUUCAAGCAUUGGCCGAGAAGAUUGUAAGGAUUCUAAGAGACAAAGGUCCUUUCCUAGUUCUUCAUCUCAGAUACGAAAUGGAUAUGAUUGCUUUCUCUGGUUGUAAUGAAGGUUGCAAUGAACAAGAGAUUGACGAGUUAACCAAAAUGAGAUAUGCAUAUCCAUGGUGGAAAGAAAAAGUAAUUGAUUCGGCGCAGAAAAGGCUAGCAGGUUUAUGCCCUUUAACUCCUGAAGAAAUAGCACUAACGUUACAGGCAUUGGGUAUCGAUCACAAUAUCCAAGUUUAUAUAGCUGCUGGUGAUAUAUAUGGAGGGGAAAGGAGAUUGGCAACCCUUAGAGCAGCUUAUCCCAAUUUGGUGAAGAAGGAAACACUACUACCAUCUUCAGAGCUUGAUCCUUUCAGGAACCAUUCGAACCAGAUGGCAGCAUUGGAUUAUUAUGUGGCAGUGCAAAGUGAAACUUUCGUUCCAACAAAUGGAGGCAACAUGGCCAAAGUGGUCGAAGGCCAUAGACGAUACCUGGGGUUCAAGAAAACAAUUCUGUUGAACCGAAAGGCAGUAGUGGAUUUAGUGGAUCUGUAUAAAGCUGGAUCAAUAAGCUGGGAUAAAUUCUCAUCAGAAAUGAAAAAAGCACAUGCAGAUCGGAUCGGGAAUCCGGCAGAAAGAUUGGUGAUCCCUGGUAAGCCUAAGGAAGAAGAUUACUUUUAUACAAAUCCAGAAGAAUGUUUGGCAAGUUUUGAUGAACCACAACUAUCUAAUGAUGAUCACCAAUAAGAUGCCGAUGCCAAUGCCAAUGCUGAAGCUGAACCAUGAUUAUAUAUAUGUGGGAAAAUUAUUUAUUUCAUUUUCAGUGGAAAACUCCUAAAGCAGAGGGUGGCACAUACUGUUAAGGUGCAGUAAACAAUAAAGAAGUUUAAUUAAAAUAUUCGAUGGUCAUGGAAAUUAUUUUGAAGUUGUUGUGUCUUUGCAAUAUUUGGGUAAUGAGGAUGGGAAAUUGAGACAAUCAUUUUGAGGAGGAUAAAAUUAGUGAAGCUUGAUUGAAUGUUAUUUCAGUUUUCACAUGUAUCCCUUAACUUGAAAAUGAAAAGGCCAACAUCUGUUACAUAAAAUGCAAGUACAAUCAAUUUAUAUUUUCUAAGAUAAA